AUUGGCACCACGCUGUUGUGUAACACGACUUAGCAUGUUUUACUUAGUAAUUUUUCUGUGGAUAGUGGCCGUGAAGCGUUAUGGUUUGGAAUUCGGCCCCGAUCUGCUCCGUUGCGUCCUACCAAAACAGGAAGUUUUCAAGAGUUUGGACCUGCAAGCUAGCCACCUAGCCUGCGGGGUACAUUCGGAAAUUACUAUUAAUUUUUAAUUGUUUUAAUCUAGUGGACAACCUGUCACGAACAGAAUCCGGGCAGCUCACCAAGUGGCACCGUAACAUGAAGUUAUGGAGGAGCGGAAGCUAAAAAGAAAGAGUCCAAGGACUUCCACCAGCGCAGCGGCUCCGUCCGGUGGGUCUGGCCGGAAGAAUAGCGCUUCCUCUGGAGGACGGCACCUUGGCUACACAGGGACUCACUCCAGCCAAAAGAACAAGAGCAGGAGGGGCGUGAAAGAUAAACCCAGGUAUCAGCAGGGUUUGGGUGGUAAAGCUAGUCAGAACCAGGGCCAGGCAACACCGAUUGUCCAGCACUCUUUUCUCACAGAUGUUUCAGAUGUACAGGAGAUGGAGAAUGGUCUGCUCAGUCUCCUCAACGACUUCCACUCAGGGAAACUACAGGCAUUUGGCAAUGAGUGCUCUAUUGACCAAAUGGAACAUGUGAGAGAGAUGCAGGAGAAGCUGGCACGCUUGCACUUUGACCUCUACGGUGAGGUGGAUGAAAUGCCCGAGGAUCAGAGGAAAACAGCCUGCGACACCAACAUGGACAAGUUGCUCCUUAAUCUGGAGGAGCUGAGUUCUUCCAUUCAGAAACUGAAUCUAGCCGACACACAAGAGAUCCCGAGGACUGCGAGCGUGUGACUUCGGUCUUCCCAAGAUUUCUCAAUCAAAUUUGAGCCGACUAUUUCAUUUAUAGUACCUAUGGGGGUCUGUAAGUAUGGGGGGUUGAAACUGCCAUAAUCAAUAAAUGCAAAAUAGCUAUACAUAUAUAUAUAUAUAUAUAUAUAUAUAUAUAUAUGUAUAUGCAAUUAAAUGAACCAAAAUAUAGUAAAAAAUAAUAAUAACAAUAAUAAUAAAUUGACCAUAUAUGGCAUAUUUGCUUUAAGUUGCUUUUGUACUUAUUUACCUUUAUAUUCAUUUUAACUUGCUGACUUACAAAUGUGAAAGUUUUUACUCACUCAUUUCCUCAAACAUUUCUUUAUGCAUUUUUCUGUCACAUAUUGUGGCUGCCUUUAGCUAAAAGUCUGCACAAUGAAGCAGAAAUGCAUAAACAAAUGGGGAAAAAAAACAAAAAAAGUAAGUCUGGGGUUGAAAAAAAUGGAAUACGCAUAUAUAUACAUAAAUUAUUAAGCAUGCAGACAUCUUUACUAAGUAAAUGCUGAAGCAAUUUAAAACAAAUAUCUAAUUUAACAUUUAAUAAAUAAAUAAAAUUUAAACAAUGAAAGUAGUUUCUAUAUUUUUUAAAUCUUUUUUGUACAUUUAAUGGCAUAUAAUUCUUUUUUAAACAAAUCAUUAAUUUAUUUUUGAUUUAGGUAGUUUCUAGCCUUCAUAUAUAAGGUGUCAGCAGUGUUGAUUGUAUGUAUUGCAGUGGAAAUGGCAACAAAGCUGUUCACCAGCGUUCCCUGUUUGUACAGGGGGAGGGAUGUAUUGUAAGAUAAUCUCAUAGGGAUGCACCACAUUACCCCCCCUUGUUUUUUUAACAAUAGCUAAUAUUGAAUGGAAAUCUCUCUGGUCUGAUCUUACUAAGACAGCAGGAUGUUGACUUACCUGAGCCGUGGCUGUAUCAAAGGGAGGUUUGUUCUCUGAGAGCUUUAGCUAAUGUGCAGUAUACUGUAUUCUUUCUUUGGUGCAUCCCUGUAAUGUUUAAAGCCAAGCCGUAGUGUGUUCACUCAUUUCCAAGCAGUUUAGAUUUGCAAUACAUUGCUAACCAAAGUGAUACCAAUCACCUGAAAGUGAAAUGAUUGUAAACUUGCUCCUUUGACAUUGAUCAGACGUUGUAUGUAGAUCACUUGUGUUGCACUGAUCUCCUCACAGUAAGAAACAGAGCUUGACUUUUCAAAGUCUAGGCAUUAGUUUCUAAUUGUUUCUCAGUAUUAGAGCUUUAAACAACAGCAUAGAUUUAAAAAUCCUUUAAACCAGCCAAAAAUAACAUAAGGACCCGGUGAGUACUGAGAAUAGAGCAGUAUGUUAAUUCCAGUUUGCGAUUUUUGCAUAUGAUUUUUGCUGAGUGGACUUGGUCCAUUUCAGUAUAUUUGCACAUACCCAUGCGACACACAGCAUGCACUGCACACGUUAUCACUGGUGUGUUGGUUUGACGCUGGAGAAGACUAAACAGUCCCAAUGUUGUCAUCACAAACAAGCCUUAAUUUAAUCAUUUAAUCAUUUUUUGCCUUAUUGGUUCUAAACUUUAAGUGACUUUAGGUGAGUUUAGGUUUGGAUUCAGAGUUUUGAUAAGAUCAUUUGAUGCUGCUUUGAUUGUAAAUCCUUUUUUCUUUUUUUUUUCUUGGACACUGUAUUUUAACCUAUGUUUUGGGGUGUUUAACCUGUUUGUUUGUUUUGACUCAAUAAAGUUCUCCGUCUGAA